AUGCUCGCACUAACAGCGACGUUACUGUUUAAUCUGUUUAUGCCAGUGAAUACUUCUUAUUCACUCUAUUAUUCUAAUCUUCAUCAAGAUUCUAAUCGAACAUAUGAUUGUUUAUAUUCUUAUAUAAAUGAUAUUGGAAAAGCAGCUGGUAAAAAUGAUCUUCACAACUAUCAUUUAGUGCCUUAUUGUCGUCGACUCGAUGAUAACGACGAGCAAGAUGAAGUUCAGUAUCCUAUUCGUGAAAACAUAAAUAAGACUUUCACUUUCAAACAAUUGAAAAGUGAAAAUAAAUAUAUGAAAUGUCUAAGAGUGAGNGAGGCAGAAUUCAGAACUUAUUGUCAUCGCGGCAUUCUCGUUUUCCGUGGUUUAAACAAGACGAAGACAUGCCUUUGUCCACCCAAUUACUUCGGAUCUCGAUGUCAGUGGCAAAAUCAACGUGUCAGUUUAACAGUUCAAUUCGUAUGGAGUGGCGUUUCAUUUCAAAUAACAAUAUUUGAAGUCAUCUUCAUGCUGAUUGACCAACAUGGUCAAAUUGGGCCGUAUCAUGAACGACUUACAUAUGUGCCAAAUCGUGACUGUAAAGCAAAGUAUAAUCUUUACUUACUCUAUCCCGACCGACCGAAAUCGCCAGCACAGAAUUAUUCCAUUCGCAUCGAUAUCUAUGAGAAAACUCAGUUGACCUAUUGGGCCAGUUGGUACUUACCAAUUCCUUUCCCCUUCUUACCUGUUAAUCGAAUUGCUACCCAACUAACCAUUCCUGAAUCACCCAAUCAUGAAUCGUGUGCUGUAUCCUGUGGCGAUCAUGGCCAAUGUGUGAAUUACGUCAAUGAAAGAUCAAUGUCUUUCUGUUUAUGUGAUGAAAGAUAUUCCGGUUCUUAUUGUAAUGUUAAAACUGAAUGUAAAUGUGCCAAUCAAUCGCUCUGCUUGACUUCGACGAUAUGCGUUUGUCCAUUGCAUAGAUUCGGUUCCUAUUGUCAUAUGACCCGUUCGAUUUGUCAGUUGGAGCGCAAUUCAUGUGAAUAUAAUGGUCUGUGCGUUCCGACGGACGAUCGCAUCGAUUUAAAAGGAUUUACUUGUUUUUGUCAGGAAGAUCACUCAGGAGAACGAUGUGAAAGGAAAGUCAAUCGAAUCGAUAUACGUGCCAAUGAAGAAAUCCGAUCGCGAACUUCAUUAUUAUUAAUACAUUUCAUCACCGCAUUCGAUCAUUCUGAACACGAACGUGGAACUCUAUUGAAAAAAGUUGCCUAUAAUCAAAAAAUGAUAACCGUGUAUGUUGCACAACCAUUUCAUUUACUUUUCGUCCAAAUACCUAAGCAAGAUUAUUAUUUAACAAUCUUUCGUGAAAAACUUACAUACUCGUCAUAUAUUCAAACGGAAAUUCAAUCGAAAAANUGA